AUGGGACAAAUUGCGCCACAAAAACGACGAUAUUCCGUGAACCAUUCGGCGAAACGUUCCACAAAGUAAUAGCAAUCCGAUCGGGAACAAUCUGCACGUUUUGGUAAAUUUUUGUCUAUGUAGUGUAAAAACUGUGGGAGGAGUUAGGGUGGCAAAUUUUGCUAUAAUAAUAAUAAUAAUAAUAUAUAUGUGAGAUAACAUUAAGUGGUUUUGCUAUGCAAGAACACUUAAUAAUAUAUAUGUGAGAUAACAUUAAGUGGUCUUGCUAUGCAAGAACACUUAAUAAUAAUAAUAAUAAUAAUAUAUAUGAGAUAACAUUAAGUGGUCUUGCUAUGCAAGAACACAAUAAUAUAUAUGUGAGAUAACAUUAAGUAGUCUUGCUAUGCAAGAACACUUAAUAAUAAUAAUAAUAUAUAUGUGAGAUAACAUUAAGUGGUCUUGCUAUGCAAGAACACUUAAUAAUAAUAAUAUAUAUGUGAGAUAACAUUAAGUGGUCUUGCUAUGCAAGAACACUUAAUUAUAUGGCAUAACAUUGUAUUAGAGAGGCAGAUGAAACAAGGGCUAAUGCAAAUAUGAAGGACCAGUUUGUUAAAUAAUUUAGUACUAUAGUACAGUUAUAAUGUUUUGGAGAAUUUCUUUAAGGAUUAGAGACCAGGAGAAAGUCUGAGACAUGAGGAAAUUCAAUGAUAAUAGUAAUAGAAUUUGGAGAUUGAUUCAAUUCCAAAAAAACAACAACAAACAAUGGUAGCAUUACUUACCUGAAUGGAGACUUACAAGGUAGUUUUGUUGGGUUUAUGGAAGAAAACGCAAGGAGCUCUGUUUCAGAAGAACUUAGUUUAAGCAUGCGUACAGUCAUCAGUGAAGACAGAAGAAUUACAGACAAAUGACUCAAUCCAGGGUGUAAAGAGUGAGAUCAUGUGCAUAGGGAAUAUAAAUAUAGCUUGUUACCAUUAACAAAUAUGCUGAUUUAAUUAUAGUUGGUAGUUCCUCUCAUGUUAGUUUCUAUCCGCAGAACUUUGUGAGUCAUAUUGUUUCUCUGAGGUUUAUAAACUAUGCAUUGCAUUUGACCACUAUUGUAAGAAUAUACAUAGUGGAUGAGUUUCCUUAUUGUAAUUAAGAUGUUAGAUCAGCUAUUUAUUGGUUCACUCAGAUUCCGAAAAUUACUGUUUAUUUUUACGAAAGCAAAUUGUGAUAGGAACAAAACUCUCAAGGCAUAUCCAGGACAAUCUAUAGGUUAUCCCCUGGUCCACUUUAUGCUAGGAUCGCACAUUACAUUAUUUCCAGCUGUUGUUACAAGAACAGAAUACAACAGGAUAUACUAAAACAUUUCAUUGGUUGGGUGGAUGGUGGUUGCUCCUUUUGAAUUUUUAUUACAUGCUCUUGAGCAAAAUUCUACAACAACUUAAAUCCAGCUAUGCAAGUAUUUUCAAGACAGGAUUUUAGUUAAAAGAACACUAUAGUCACCUAAAUUACUUUAGCUUAAAAAAAGCAGUUUUAGUGUAUAGAUCAUUCCCCUGCAAUUUCACUGCUCAAUUCACUGUCAUUUAGGAGUUAAAUCACUUUGUUUCUGUUUAUGCAGCCCUAGCCACACCUCCCCUGGCUAUGAUUGACAGAGCCUGCAUGAAAAAAAAUAACUGGCUUCACUUUCAAACAGAUGUAAUUUACCUUAAAUAAUUGUAUCUCAAUCUCUAAAUUGAACUUUAAUCACAUACAGGAGGCUCUUGCAGGGUCUAGCAAGCUAUUAACAUAGCAGGGGAUAAGAAAAUCUUAAUUAAACAGAACUUGCAAUAAAGAAAGCCUAAAUAGGGCUCUCUUUACAGGAAGUGUUUAUGGAAGGCUGUGCAAGUCACAUGCAGGGAGGUGUGACUAGGGUUCAUAAACAAAGGGAUUUAACUCCUAAAUGGCAGAGGAUUGAGCAGUGAGGCUGCAGGGGCAUGUUCUAUACAUCAAAACUGCUUCAUUAAGCUAAAGUUGUUCAGGUGACUAUAGUGUCCCUUUAAACAGCACUAUAUAAUGCAGAUGCUAAAACUAUGUUCACGACAGGCUGUUCCCUAUGUAGAGAGUAAAUCCAUUUUGGUUAUAAAAUGCUAGUAUCAUCAACUAUUUUUUUCUUUGUGUUUAUUUCAGGUGGCACAACUUUGACAAUUACUGGAUCUGACUUUAGCAGCCAGUCAGAAGGAAGUACCAUUACAAUUGGAAACAAACUUUGCGAAAUACUUGAGUGGAAACCAACAAAUAUUACAUGUACUUUACCAUCACUUUCUCCUGGAAUAUACAACAUCCUGAUAAAUGUAGAAAACUGGGGCUUUGCAUCAUCUGGGUAAAUAUUUAAAAAAAAAUACAUUUUUUGAAAACUGGAUAUAUAACUAUAAAUAUACAAACCCUCCCCCCCCCCCUGUAUUUUUUGGAAAGUAUUUUCUUUUUAGAAAUUUAUUCAUUCAUAUUUAAAAGAAGAAAAACUACCACAACAAGAAGACAUGGUCUUAAAUUAGAGGGGCAAAGGUUUAAAAAUAAUAUCAGGAAGUAUUACUUUACUGAGAGGGUAGUGGAUGCAUGGAAUAGCCUUCCAGCUGAAGUGGUAGAGGUUAACACAGUAUGUAUGGGAUAGGCAUAAGGCUAUCCUAACUAUAAGAUAAGACCAGGGACUAAUGAAAGUAUUUAGAAAAUUGGGCAGACUAGAUGGGCCGAAUGGUUCUUAUCUGCCGUCACAUUCUAUGUUUCUAUGUUUCAUUGAAAUUAUCAGUACUGUACGGUCUAAAUCAUGAAAUUGUUCUGCUAUUUAACACUUGUUUGCAUAAAAUGAUUAAUUCUUACAUUUCGCUGCCAAUGAAGUUGCUUAGAAAGCUACAUUCCACAAAAUGUCUUCUGGUUACAUUCUCCUAAGUAUAACAUGUGACCCUUUUAAUUUAUCGGAUAUUGACGAAUGCAUUGCACUUGUGGCAAAAUGUAUUUCUGCUUAUAUACUUAGCUGCAAAGAGACAAGAUACCAUAUAAUCUCUAAAAAGGAUACUCCAAUAUUUACAUAAUGGAAAAAAAAAAAAAAGGUGAAACAUUACAUGUUUAAUUUGAGUAGUAUAAAACAUGGUUGUACUUUGUUUAGUGCUAUGAAUGCAUCCCAGAUUUAAAGGACCACUAUAGUGCCAGGAAAACAUACUUGUUUUCCCGCCAGGCUGGAUGGCAAGGAAAGGGUUAAAUCUUACCUUUUUUUCCAGCGCCGGGCGGGGAGUUCUCCGCCUCCUCUCCGCCUCCUCUCCUCCUCUUCGGCUGAAUGCACAUGCGCGGCAGGAGCUGCGCGCGCAUUCAGCCAGUCUCAUAGGAAAGCAUUCAUAAUGCUUUCCUAUGGACGCUGGCGUCUUCUCAAGGUGAUUUUCACAGUGAGAAGCACGCAAACGCCUCUAGCGGCUGUCAAUGAGACAGCCACUAGAGGCUUUAGAGGCUGGAUUAACCCAUUUUUUAUAUUUAUUAAAAAAUGGGUUAAUCCUAGAGGGACCUGGCACCCAGACCACUUCAUUAAGCUGAAGUGGUCUGGGUGCCUAGAAUGGCCCUUUAAAUUAUGAAAAACAAAUAUUUUCAAAGAUGUUUUCUUGUAAGCGAGCCAACACAAAAAGGAAGAAAUUAUUAGAUAAAAAACAUUCUGCUUUUUGCAAACACUAGAAGCUAAAAGGAUAUUGUUGCUACAAGCAUUACCUUUGUAACUGUUUUCACAUAUGAAAAACACAACAUAUGUGAAACUUAAAGAUAUAACAUAUUAAAGAAAUAACAUAUUUUCUAUUACAUGUGCGCCAAACUUGCUCAAUUUGUCUGUGAUCAUUUAAUAACACCUGUAAACACAUAUCUUUCCUAUGUUUUAUUUUUUAGAGCCGCAAGCACUGGGUCUAUUGAAUAUAAAUUACAAGUGAACAGCAUCUAUCCACAGUAUGGUUCUCUGUAUGGAGGAACCAAAAUCACACUGACAGGCUCCGGAUUUAACAAUGUUGCCGAAAAUAAUUCAGUGCAAAUAGGUAUUUUAACACUUGUAUUUCUGGUUUUCUGCAUAUGAUAUCUUAUGAAAUACAUUUAAUAGCAUUGAUAAGAUUAUAGAUCUGUUCACAAAGCAUACCUUUUGUUACUUGAGGAAUGGUCCCUAUUAUAGUAGGUGCCAUGGUGUCCUCAAUUCUUUAGCACAUUAUAGCACUUGAGUUAGUUGAAUAACAGUGGGGUAAUUAGUUAUUCUGUUAUUGUUCACUCUCUAUUACUAGGCUCCCAAUAGCACAUUCAGUCCAUGUAGCUUUAAUAUUUCUAGCACCCCUUAUGUGAUGCCUAGUCAACCUGUAUAAGAUCACCAAGUUUUAAAAAAAACAAAAAAAAAACAUUUCCCCCUAUACUGCUACAUUUGUGCUUUGUACAUCACACUGGCUAUGUCUUGUUGAUGAGAGUUUAUGUGCUACCUUUAUUAAUUAAUAUUAAUUCACUAGCUCCAUAGUACAUGGAAAUGAAAAUAGGGGAAGUAUUCUUCACAUGACCUUCCACAUUAAUUAAUUUAAAAACUAUCUGGUAAAUAAUUAGAUGUUUGUGAGUAAUGUCUUUGAAAAUACGUUUGGAAAGUUUGAAGGUUCAUGUUAGCUGCAAGUCAUUGUAAUAACUUAAAAAAAUACAAAAACUGAGUAUAGUUAUUUGCUAGGUUAGACUAACUAAAACCAACCAGUAAGGGAACCCCCAUAACUUUAACAGUCUAUUGGAUUAAGAUUCUAAAUUAUUAUUGAGCUGUGACAAAUCUAAACCAGUCUCUGACCUCCCUUCACGUCCAACUUGAUAACCUCCUGUCCAAAUCUAACUACAACUUUUAACAACUUUUUAUCAAUGCUGGAGAUUGUGUGGACAACAUAAUGUUCACAAUUCUUGAAACUGAAAAACAUUCAUUAAAUGACAAAGAAAUUUGAUUUUUACUCUCUUAACUUACAAAAAUAAUAAAUCUUCUGUUGACUUUACGUGCUUUCCUAUAUAUCUGUCCUAAAAGGAGUUUGAUUCAUUUUGUCCAGGUUCAGUUCCAUGUGAUGUGACAUCCAGUUCAGAAAAUGAGCUGACCUGUGUCAUUCAAAGUACUGGAACCAUAUAUAAUGUAACAAACAAUGGAGUACAUUUAGGUAAGUACAAAGCAGCCAACCUGAUUGCAUUUGGUCAGAACUAAUUUAUAUAUCAUGCCAGACUUUUAUUUUAUAUCCUACUAUUGUAUAUGUCUAUUUAGUUAUUUCCUCUGCUCAGCAUCUAAUCUGUAAUCUGGAUACAUGCAAACAUAUCUCUUCUAUAUACUAUAUUGUCAUGUAUUAGUAGUGUAUGACAGAUCUAGUUCUGUAUAUCGUACAUAAUAAAACUACCUUUUUAUUGCACUUUGGUGCGUUUGUUAUAUGUGUAUUUCUGUUUGAUAUUUUAUGCACAUAAUUUACUUUCUAAGAAAGAGACUGACUUAUGGUGUUAAUUUCGUUGACGAUAAAUAUUUUUCAUGGUUUUGUUUUUAAAGCCAUGUUUUCUAUGGUGAAUAUAAUACUCUAGUUAAAUUAAAACAAUGUGAUUAUGAAUUACAUUUUCAUCAACGAAUUAAAACUAGGCAAAAAUGUUAGAGAGGGACAAAUGUCAAAUGUAACUUGUUAUAAACAAUGCAUACCUGAUAACUGAUCCCCAGUGAGAAAGCAAGGCCAUAUUCUAGUUUCUUUAUGAGACUAGGAUUUAUGAUUUUAAGAAUAAUAAUAAUAAUAAAGACAUAUUAUGUCAGAACAGUUAAAUCUGUGUCUGUGUUGCAUGUUCAAAUGUGACUAACAUAAAUCAUAACAAGUUAAUAAAUGUUUACUCCUCCAGGAGAAUAAUGCGUUAGGAAAUGAUAGAGAAAUGCUUUAAAACAGCAUUACAUUAAAUUAAAACAUGUUACUACUGUAGAUUUUGUUGAGUAACAUCUUAUGACAUUUAGUUGACUAAAACUAGACAAAAAAAUAAAUACAUUGGAUAUAUUACUAAAACUAAAUGGUAUUAUUAUGCGCAAAACAAUCAAAAUUUGGUGUCAAAAUUAACACUGCUGGCUUAUAACCAAUUGUUUUUUAGUGUAUGGAAUCGGGUAUGCUUGGUCUCCAUCAAGACUGGAUAUAACGAUUGGGGAUACAGUUGUGUGGACCUGGCAAGCACCCUCUUUUAUUACGAACAUUGGAUACAGAGUAUUUUCUGUUUCUGAUCCCGCAAAUGUCACCUAUGACGGAAUCUCCUUUUACAGUGGAGACAACAGCCUAGCUUCUGGUAGGUAUCUAAUCUCUCAGUGUCAUAUUAGAAAUGCUAAGUUUUAUAGUUAAUAUUCACCGUGUCUUAUCUUGUAUAAUAGACAGUUACUUUAAGCAUAAAACAAGUUUAAAUUUUUUAAAUUUUGCCCUUUUUUGUAGUAGAAAUAAUACAACAAGACUGUAGGUAUAAAGCUGCUGAAUAUCUGUUAAUACACUUCCAUUGUUUGUGAAAAUUAAAUGUUAUGGAGACCGUAUCUUCAGUAUAUGGGAAAGAGAACAUUUAUAAAAUUUACAAUAAAUGCAUGCAAAUUGCAAAGUUUAACUUUUUCGAUUUUACUGCUGCAGAAAGUCUGUACUUUAGAAGAUUAAAGGUUACUACAAGUGAAUUGUUAUUUCUGUAUAUUCUGUCAACGACAGGGAUUUGAAAUAGAUUUUUGGAAAUUUUUAGAUUUGUAUUUUAAGAGUAAUAAAUCAUUUGAAAGGCAUAGCCAAAAAUAUUACAUAAAGGCCUAAAUAAGAAAAGAUAAUUAAGUAAUUAUGAAAAAAUAGAAGAAAAAGAAAGAUGCACAGAGUGUAGAAUUAUGCCCACCUGAGAUGUAAUUGGUUAAUAUUUUUCUUAAUAUACUAAAAGCAUCCUAAAAUCCAACUAACACCUUAUCAAUCAGUGAAUUCUGCUGAAAAGAACGCUCUAAGAACCAAAUCCACCACAUCUUAACCCUGUCAUUGCUGUCUGACUAAUGUAAAUUUUGUCCUUGACGAGAAAUGGCAAUGUUGAAAUUUGCCAGUCAGAAAAGCUCAAAAGAAAAGUGACUGCAAUGCUGAGAUCACAAAAAUGUUGGACAAAAGAUAUGUUUAACUGAUAUUUUUUUUCAUUUAACAGGUGGCCCACAAAAAAAAAUAAAAAAAUGACAUCAUAAAUACGUAUAUUUAUUUAUAACAUUUGAGUGUUCUUUUAAUGCAGACUGCUGUGUAUAUAUACAUUGAAAGCAUUUUGUUGCUUCAAACAUUGGACAUGUUUAGCCAUUACUUUACCUUUUUAUUGACAUAGAAAGAUUAAUUAUUUACGCCAAAUUGAAGAGAUGAUGAUAAUACAUUAGUAUAAUACAGUGUAAUGAUUAUCUCCACUAUCAUAAACAUUUGACUUUUCUUUUUAGGUGUCUUCUCAUACCAAUUCACAUCUCCUGGGCUUUAUUACUACAGCAGUGGUUACUUGAAUAGCGAUCAGUCUAUAUUUAUGCAAGGUGUGGUCAAUGUGUCUCCACGUCAGGAUCAGAACAGUGGUGUCUAUUUAUCUGUUGGAGGAAUAGAGUCUAACUAUAACCCAGGUAAGGAGGACAUUUAUAUAACACAAGAAGAUUUUCACAAAUCACUUCUAUUAGACCCAUCAUGAAAAAUCACUUUGUAACACUAGAACUCUUGUGUCGUAAUAUGAUGAUGUCCAAUUUAUUCAAUGCAUAAUUACCACCUGGAAUAAGAAAGAACAAAACAUUUCGGUAUAGAUAUUGAUUUGUUGGGACAAAAAUAAUAAAAAUCACAGCUAGGCACCAUCCCAAGACAAGUUGAGUGCACAGCGGCCUCACCUUCAUGUCCAAGAUUGCAUUACAAUUGUUUUGUUCUCACUGUCUGUUCUCUCUGUCUAAGUAAUUUGUACAUAUAACACAUGUUAAAUAUGUGCAUAUUACAGCAAAAUGGUUUUUCCUGCUGAAAUGUUAAGAGGAUGUAAUAUUAGUGAAUAUAUUGUAUACCCCAUACACCAAACGUGCAGAUUGCACAGAGUGUUUUUUGAAGACCUAACUUAGGCUUGGCAGCAUAAAAUCACAACAAUAAACUACUAUCCUGCUCCCAAGUAUUUAAAAGUAUCUACUCCUUUUAGGGCGUACAGCAGUGGCAACUGGUGAAAUUUUUAGUUGGUGGGUACCAGACUUGAAACAUUGGAUUUCACUUGGCCCCCUCUGUUCCUGAUUUUUCUUUUAUUCAUGAAGAGAAAUAUGUCUUAUUGUCUUUCAACAUUUAGCAAUUUACCCAAAAUAAUGACUGAUUUGCACUGAUAAAUCUCUCCCAAUGCGAGGAAAUAUAGGGGUAAUGACUACAUUCAAAUUAGCUUACAUUAAACAGUUAGAAAUAUCCAAAUAUUUGAUGACAGUGCAACAUAUAUGUCAUUAAGAUAUGCUUCCAGGACUCAACUUAGUCAUACUUAGUAAGACAUAAAGCAGAAAAAGGUAUUUGAUAUAUAUUUGUACAUAUUUCUAUAACCCUUGUUUAUAUCACUAAACAGUUGCAGCUCCAGAUUAUCCAUUGGCAGAUUGCACAUCAGUAAAUUCAGCAUGUUCAGAACUUUCUAAUAGCUCUCCGAAUGACAGCUCUGUUUGGUUUGGAUUUUCAAACUGUUACUCUCCAACUAUUACCAAUAUAAGCCCAUCCUCAGGAACAAUAUAUGACUCGAUAACCAUCAAUGGAACUGGCUUCAGUAACAUUAGCUGUGCCAAUCAGGUAUGUAUCAAGUGAUUCAAUGCUACUUACAUUCAUUGUCUUCUUAAAGUAUUACUACAAGCACCAUAACCACUUCAUUGAUUUGGAGAGGUCAUGGUGCCUGUAUGAGCAGAGUUUCACUAUGAACAACAUGCUGGUGCCAGACAGCCAAUAGCACCAUGCCUCCUCUUCAUGACAUCCUAAGCCCACCUGCCCGACCCUCUAUGACAUCCCUCGCACUUUGGUGAGGGAGAGUAGAAAAAUCUUCCGUAAUGCUGUAAUGUGCUACUGAUCCAUAGUGAGUUAAUUACUUACAAUUGAUUUCACUUUCAGAAGGAAACACACUUAUCUACACAAAUAAAUUUUAUGUGUAAUAAUUAAAUCAUAUUUUUUUUUUUUGUACUUAGGUUUCACUCGGCAAAUAUCCUUGUAGGAUUUCUUAUGCUGACAAAGAAUCAAUAACUUGUAAUGUAGAUCCUCAGAACUCUAUGUCAGUUGGAGUCGCUGAACUCGUUUCAUUGACAGUAAACAACCAUGGAAACGCCAUCAACACUCUAACUAAGGAACUGAACCGACGUUUUGCUCUUCUGCCCCAUGUUGACUACAUCACACCCAUUAAUGGAUCAACUACUGGAUACACACGUAUAACCAUACAUGGCUCAGGUUUUACAGAAAAUAGUGCCAACAUUGCUAUAACAGGAACUGUCUGCUCCAUUGUAUCUGUUAAUUACACCGACCUCAUAUGUGACACAAAUCCUAGUUACUCACAUACUGUGGAUAUAAGUGUCACAGUUAAUGGUUUCCUUAGUCACUGUGUAGGUUCAUGUAGAUUUUCCUACACCAGUGAUGUUACCCCAGUUGUAUCUGAUGUGUUCCCCACGGUUAUCUAUAACACAUCUACUACACUUCAGAUAACUGGAGUUGGCUUUGGUGGAAAUAUUGAUGAUCUCUCAGUUUAUGUAGGAGACGUGCAGUUACAUGUAACGGUUGUUAACGACACUCGAAUUGAAUGCAUGAUCGACCCUCUUCCUGCGGGUUCCUAUCCGUUAAAAGUUAUAGUGCUAAGCAGUGGUUUGGCAUCAGGCCAUUUCAACAUAAACAGCCCUGCAGAGGCAACACUAAUAACAUCAUCUGGAAGUAUUCAAGGUGGCACAGUCCUUGUGAUCAAAGGAAAUGGGUUUAAUUCUAUUAAUGACACUAAAGUAACAAUUGGGGGACGUUCAUGCCCAAUAACCUCAAUUGCCGCUGGUGAAAUUCAUUGCCUAACUCCUGCCGCUGCAUCUGCAGCAACAAAAAGUGUAAAUAUUGUUGUUCAAACAAUUAGUUACACUUCCCUAAGCUUCACAUACUCAGAAACUGAAACACCUACAGUGACAUCGGUCCUUCCACCGACAGGUAUGUUUUAGAUUGCAUUUUGUUUAAAUAGCUACUGUUAUAAAGUUUAUGGAAUACAAUUAUGAAGUGUUGUCUUAAUAUUUUUAAAAUUAAUUUGCCAAUGUUUUCAUAAAUAAACUCCUAGUGACUUGGUAUCAAAUCUAUGUUAUCAGUGCCUCUGUAGAUUAUUAAUGACAGAAUCAGUGAAAGGAUUUGCUAAUAAUUAAAGUGUGUUUAUUAUUUAGUAAUUUUGAGAUAAUUGAGUUCAAACUAAUAAACAAAUUUGCAUGAAAUCUUCUUAUAUUUCUGAAUUCUAAUAUGUAUUUAUUCAUCAUUUUAAUCUGUCCAAAAUACCGUGGACUAUUAAUGUUGCUUUUACAGAAAAGAUUAUUAUUUUACAAACUGAGCAUAUGAUGAGAGCUGCAUACACAAUACUCUAAUAAAUUGACAGCACACUAUUAAAUAUUUGUGCGACUCUCUCAAAUAACACAUAUAAAAAUUUAUAAAUGCAGAUUUUUUUUUUUUACUAAUAUUUCAAAAGUUUCACUUAAAAUAGCCAUUUGAUGAAGUUUACGGUGUUCUUUUUUAUGUUGUUUAGGGCCAUCAGGAGCGUUAAUUACAGUUUCCGGAACACAUUUUGGAACAGAUUCCACACAAGUUACUGUAACUGUUGGUGACACUAUCUGCAAUAUAACCAGCAUAAAUGACACCCAGCUCCAAUGUAAUGUUGGGGAUCAUUCUGGGGGAACAUUUGCUGUCAAUCUUCAAAAUACCAAAGGCUUUGCACGGUCAAGCGCAAGUUUUAAAUAUGAACUGACAAUGACAAAUGUGUCUCCAAAUUCAGGUAAUAAUACACAUUGUAAUGAUAAUAAUACAUAUAGUUAGCUCCUUUACUAAAUUAUACUUAAAGUGGAAAUUAUACCAUUGAAUAAAACCAUGAAAAUCACCUAGAACUUUUGUUUCACUUGAUGCUCUGUGCUCUUUUCAACAUAUGGUAAAUAUUUAGCAAUUGAUAUCCAAAUCCAGUUCAGCACUGGCACAGACCAGGCACACUAUUCAUUGGAUGGUAAGGAACAAAAAGAUUAUGUCUUUUUUACCAACUCCACAUAUCAUGUUCAAUUGCAGAAAAGACAGAUUUUAUACUAAUGAUUGACAACUAGCCAUGAUAGAGGCUCUUGGUUCCAGAAUAGAGCUAAAUUCAAUUUGAUUUUCUACAUUUAAUUUUAUUUUUCGGACCUCACAAACAUACAUUUGUUAACUAUAGGGUAAAGUAAAUUUAAUAUUACAAACACAAUUUGACAGUUCUCCAUUUAAUCUGUGUUAAAUUGAGAGACAAUUCCAAAAUAUGUUUCCUGUUAAAACAUUGUACUGGUAUCUGUAAAAAACAACAACUCUUAAUAAUUUUGAUUGUCUCCAUAUGAGAUGCACCCAGACUUUAUUUUCUAAAAUAUGUUUUGAGUCUAAAUUUACAUUUAAUAUUAACAUUAUAUGCUGGAAUUUAAAUAUAUUGUGAUUUCAUUUUUUUUUUUUUUUUACAAUGUUUUUAGGUAGCUUUGGUGGAGGUUUAAUAAUCACACUUUCUGGAUCUGGUUUUGACCAGCUGGCUUCUACUGCAUUCAUCUGCAACUCUGAAUGUGUAGUGGAUAGAGUUGCGUCAAAUUCAACUAAUCUUUUCUGCAAAAUUUCACCACGGAAUGGUAAGUGAUUAGACACAUUAGAGAUCUUUGCAAUCUGGAUGUUGCAUCACAUUAAGACAGCUAGUAGAAACCAGCCCAUCCUGAAGUCUAUUUUAUUGUAACCAGCUCUUAAACUCAAAGUUGGAUAUUGUAGUCAAGAUGUCCAUGGUUCACAUUUGGACUUCUGUCUAUCUUUCUGACUUUGACUGGCUUGCCCUAGCCGUAAUUUAUUCAUAUUAUGUAAACUAAGGACCUAAACAGAAAUUUUAAACAUACUGUGAUAAUGUCUUUCCAUUCUCUGUAUCUCUAGAUACUAGCCCUGUAAAUACAUGUGAUGUUCGCAUUACCAAUGGAAACGACACUGUCCAGUUAAACACUUCAUUUUCUUACUUAUCAUCGUUAACACCUGUGGUAAAUAAUGUCACACCCAAGAGAGGUGGUACAGCAGGAGGGACCCAACUCACCAUUACUGGUUCGCAGUUCAGGUAUUUCAAUUCUUGAUAAAACUGUCUAAUACAUCCAUCUUUUAUGUUUUGAGAUUUUCAGAUUUGGCAUGAAAUAUUUAUUAAAUAAAAAAAUGGUAUGCAUAAAAAAAAUUAUGAUAACAAGAUAAACAUAAUAGGAAUAUGGCAUGCUUAUAUGAUAAAAAAAAACAACAAAAGAGCCUGAAUAUGUACAUUUAAAGCCAGGUUUAACAUGUAUGCCAUUGUAUUUUCCUAUGAUUUAUUUUUUAUGAAAAGUGUUAAAGAUAUUGAGAAGUAUUCUUGUUUAUUUUUCUUUCCACUGUGCAGCACCAACAUCUCACUUUUGAGUGUCACUGUAGCUGGAGCUAUAUGUGAUAUCCAGACAGCCAACAGUACAAAUAUUAUUUGUAUUACAAGCGCACAUUCUCCCUCACAGCAAGCUACAGUUAAAGUGCUCAUUGAGGGUCAAGGUUUGGCAAAAACGGUAAGAAAAUGCCCACUGCUGUCUAAGGCCUCGAUUUAAUUUAUUUGAAUCAGAAUCAUAAAUGAAUUAAUUCCGUUACAAAAAAAUAUAAAAUGUUUCAAAUUAUUUAUCUACAAAAAUUCUAAAGGCCUAAAUUAGCACACACAUCAUGUGAUAAUUGUUUUUGUUAUUAAUAAAUAGUUACCAUAGUCAAAAUCGUACGUUGUUAAAGGCAAAGGCUUCUUACUUUUUAUUUCUUUAUUGCAAAACCUUUGAUGUGCUGUAUUACUUCUAAUUAUAAUGUAUAAUUCAAUAUUUACCAUCAUUAUUUCUCUGCGUUAUUUGUUUUAGUCCAAUGCUGACUUCUUCUACAUAGAUGUUUGGUCAUCCAAGUAUACAUGGGGAGGAGACUCUCCACCCGAGGAAGGAUCACUGGCUGUUAUCACACAAGGGCAAACAAUUUUGUUAGACCAGAGUACUCCUAUUUUGAAGAUGCUAUUGAUUCAAGGUAACAUAUUUACAUUUCAGUUUGUAACCUUUUGGGUUGGUAGGUUGAGAAAUGAAUUGCAUAUUCUAGGGUGAUUUUUUUCUAGAUCCUCUUAAUAACUGAUCUUCAUGAUGGUGUCAUCAUCUUAUGAUGUAGAGCUAGAAUCAAGUAUAAGGCUAAUGAGUGGAGAGUAGGAAAUGAUGAUGGGUUGGAAGAGUUUAAGGAAAUAUUAGCCAAAACAACCAUGGAGCAGUUCCAGAGCUACAACACAUGUUUCAUUUAAUGUGUUAAGCAGAACCAUACUUUGAUGCUUUGAAGUGUUGCACAAAAUGUAACUACUAUAAUUGGUCUAGUUUUCCACAGUGUUGUAUAACUUGGACUAGACACUGCAUGCACUGUGACACCUCUUUUCCUAUUAAUCUAAAUAAAGGGUCAUGAGUCCUAAACCCUGAUUUCAUAAGUGAAAAUACACCCAUGAAAGAAUAAUUUACUAGUAUGCAAAAAUGAUGGAAUAUUUAUUUCAAUAUUUUCUUUAUUUUACAUUCUUUUGAAAUUGGAUUGUUGUACUCAAUAAGCUUUCACAUCAGGCUGUAAUUCAUCCUUAUUUUAUUGCAUUGAAAAUAUGCAAACAAAUAAAGUUGAAAUAACUUUAAAUACAUUUUAAAUAAAAAAAAAAAACCUGACCUUUAACACUGGUGAAGCAUGCAUGAAGCAAACACUCCCCUCCUAGACCAGGAAGAGGCUCGACCAAUCCGGAAUGUCUCCCUCUGUCCAACAGGGUUUAGAGAGUAUGUAUGCUGCUCCCACCUAUCUAUCCUCCCUUAUACACAAGUAUGUCCUGUCUAGGCCCUUACGAUCUGCUGAAGACUUACGUCUAUCUUUUGUCCGUACUCCCACCUCUGAUGCGCGCCUUCAAGAUUUCUCGAGGGCUACACCAUUCCUGUGGAACUCGCUUCUCUCCUCCGUUAAAUGCUCACCCAGUCUCCACUCCUUCAAAAAAAUCAUUAAAAACCCACUUCUUCAUAAAAGCGUAUCAAUUAAACUAUUAAUAGCUCCUGACUGAUUCCUCUUCUGCAAUUGUCACUAGUCUAAUACUAUCCUUACCUUUUUGUGUCAUUUUACCCCACUCCCUCUAGCAUGUAAGCUCAUUGAGCAGGGCCCUCAACCCCUCUGUUCCUGUGUGUCCAACUUGUCUGGUUACAACUACAUGUCUGUUCGUCCACCAAUGGGUGGACGAACAGACAUGUAGUUGUAACCAGACAAGUAAAGCGUUGCGGAAUUUGACGGCGCUCUAUAAAUAUCAUCAUAAUAAUAAUAAUAAUAUGUAGUUCAGUCACAGCCACAAUUCCACUCAUCGGUUUAUUGAAUGGGUCUGCCAGGCUUUUAAUCAUGCAUGUGCACAGCAAUAACUCAGGAAAAGGUAGGGGAUUACACAGCAUAUACCCACACAGCAUGCCAAUGAUGUAUGCACAACUUGGACAGCUUUGGGAUGGAUAAAACAGUAGAUGGAUUCCAUUGUAGUAAACAAAUCAUUUUUGUUUUUUUUAUUUUCUAAUUUUCCAGAAAACAAAAUAUUAUAUUUAAUUUAUUUGCUUGAUUUUUUUUGCAUAUUUUAACAGGAGGAACUUUGAUAUUUGAUGAAGCUGACAUUGAACUACAAUCAGAAAAUAUCCUUAUUACAAAUGGAGGUAUUCUUCAGGUAGGAAUGAUUUGAUUCAGGUAUAAGUGAAUCCUUCUUAACAAUGCAGGAGACUGGAGCACAAAGCAAGUCUAACCUACAAAGGUUUCCAUAACAUUCUUGGAAUGUCACACAAUAAUUUACACGUGGUACCGAAAGAAGCUUUAUGGUUUCUUUACUUGUACUCAGUGACGUAAACAGAAAAUUAAGAAAACAUUUUUUUUAUUUCAAAUAUGUAAUGAAAUCAGUUCCCGUUUGGAUGAAAUUAACAGUGUGUCAAACAAAAUCGAAGAGUUUAGAAUUUACUGAAUUUAAAUGAGUCCUUGUUGAUGUCUGACAUACAUGGAUAUAGUUUGAUGUUUAGGAUGACAGGGAGUAUUUUCAGACGAUGAGGACCAUCAGUGAGUGUUGCCUAACAUUGUGGACAUUGGGCAAUGUUUUUGGCAUUGAGGCUCAUCAGUGAGCAUUGUCCUACAUGUUGAUGAGCAGUAAGUGUUGUCUGAUACUUAAGAUGAACAGUGAGUGCUGUCUGACAUUGUGGUUGAACAGUGAGUAUUGUCUGUGAGUAUUUGACAUUGUGGAUGAUCACCUAUUAUUAAGUGAAGCUUAAUCUGGAAGAUGCACUUUAGCAUUGAGCAAUAGAAUACAAUGUAAGGGAGAAACAUAAUAUUAAGUAGUGAUGUCCCGAACGGUUCGCCGAAUGGUUCCUGAACGGUUCGCCACGAACAGUUCGCCACGGACUCAUCAUUGAGUAAACUUUGACCCUGUACCUCACAGUCAGCAGACACAUUCCAGCCAAUCAGCAGCAGACCCUCCCUCCCAGACCCUCCCACCUCCUGGACAGCUCACUAAGAAUGAAGCUUCACAAUGAAUGUAAAAUGGAUGCUGUCCAUGAGGUGGGAGGGUCUGGGAGGAAGGGUCUGCUGCUGAUUGGCAGGAAUGUGUCUGCUGACUGUGAGGUACAGGGUCAAAGUUUACUCAAUGAUGAGUCCGUGGCGAACCGUUUGUGGCGAACCGUUCGCGAACCGUUCGGCGAACCGUUCGGGACAUCACUAAUAUUAAGUAAUAAACAAAAUUAUGGAUGGAAUGGUUAGACGAUAAGGGAGUAAAGGGACUGAAAAUGAUGAUUGUAGAGAAAUGCUAUAUAACUAUCAACUGAUACUUGGCCAAGGUCCAUUCAGUCACUAAAGCAGCUCUAAUUACAAAUGGUAGGCACGCAAUGUGUAUUGGAAAUCUCUGUAAAUAAUAUAUUAUUGCUUAAUUAUUAAUUGUUGGUGAUUUAUUGAAGUGAAGCUUACAUAGGGGCAAUAACUUUUCACCAGGAAGGGGUUUAGAAGGCAAAAUAUUCAGACAAUGCCGUGAAGACCUGGCAGCACAUCAAGCAAUAUACACAUCAAGCAAAAAGAAACAUUUGUGUUUGAAUUGUAUAAAAAAAAAAAAAACAACAAAAAAAAACACCUAAAUUGCUUAGUAUAUUGAUAACAAGAUGGAAACGCUAAUAAAUGGGUUAAUGAAAGAUCUGCAAUAGUAAGAUGGUGGGAAACCGAAUAAAAUAUGUUACACAGCUUUUUGUAACUCUACUAUGAAUUAAUAGUACUUAUGGUGUGCAUGCUCACUCUACUCUUCAGGUUGGAACUGAGACAUCUCCAUUCAAACACAAAGCUAUUAUCACACUGCAUGGACAUCUGCGCUCCCCUGAAUUACCCUUGUAUGGGGCAAAAACAUUAGCUGUGAGAGAAGGAAUACUGGAUCUUCAUGGUAAUGAUCUAGACUGGAGAUUUCCGAUAGCCAAAGAUCUGCAUUAAUGUCUGUUUCCUUAACAAUAUGGGCAAUUAACUUCAUUUAACAAACAUUGUCUUUCUCAUAAUUAUUAAAAUAUUGUAAGGCUUCUUUGAGUUUCAUUAUUUAUCCAUGAUUAUGUAAAAGUUAAGUGGCACUUCCCAGUGCUUUAUUGAUAUUAGAAAGGAAAUGUCAAGUUUUUAAUAUAUUUUAUUAAUCACUGCACUGAAAUAAACAAUGAGAAAUCAAACAUCUGAGAGUUAUAACUGUGUUAUCAAAUCUUUUUUCUUUCUUUAUCAAAGAUAUUCACAAAAAUGAUGCUAUUUUUCAGGGAUUCCAGUGCCUGUGACUUGGACACGUCUAGCACAAACUGCUGAAGCUGGAUCAUCAACACUCAUUUUACAGAACAGUGUAACAUGGAAUGUUGGAGAUGAAAUUGUAAUAGCGUCAACAGGCAACAGGUAACCAGCAGGAAAUUAUUAUUCAUAUCAACAAUGCAAAAGUAUGUCUCUGAUUUUAUCUAUGGUUUCAUCAGGUUCUCAUUAGAGAGAGACAUACAAACACUAAGCCUAGGUUAAAACUAUCAAAUUGUAUUUUAUGAUGAUCAACAAGUGUUUAUAUUUUACCAGAGUCUUGUGCACUGCAGGGGUUAAAUUCAAUAAAUAAAACCUUAAAAAUAUAUUCAUAUUAUAAAACACAAAGACACAGAUAUGUGCAGAAAAAAGGCAGUGGUCUAUUAUUUAGUUACAAAUAUAUAGCAAAAGUAACUUUAAUCACUUAAAAAAAAUAACAUAUCUUGUAACCAAUCCCAGCAACCUCCUCACCCCCCUUUAAAUAAGCAGGUGACCUUAACCUUAAUAAAACACCACAACAUAUAAAUAAAAUAAUAAAAUAGGGAGGAAGGGCAGGGCACCAGCUCAGAUUAAUUUCUUUUUUGGGUGCCAAGCAGGUACCUCAGGAUGGGUUUUAUAUGUGAGUUUCCCACCUUAGAGCAUCCUUGUGGACAAGCUCUCCAAUUGGAGAGUUGACAGAGCGGACACCAGUACAUAAGCUGUCCACUAGGGCAUCGUGCAGGCUACUGCCGAUGCCUUCAUAACCCGCUGAAACAGUGCACAGUGCGAUUUAACCCCUCCAACCUUGCAGUGUAAAUGUGUACAUGGUCAAAUUGGCAAUGUACAGUCUGAGAAUGCACAAGCUUGAAGCUAUUUUUUUUAAAUAGGCUGGCCAGUUAAAAUUUUGUUUUAAUCACUUUGCAUAGAAAAUUCAUCCUAAAUUAUGCUAUUUUAUUUACAGAGUUAGUCAAAAAGAAAAUGAAAAAAGUACAAUUCAAUCCAUAUCUGACGAUGGAAAAACUCUAAACCUAACAGAGCCAUUGAAGUACAAACACUUGGGGAUAUCAGUCACGCUACCUGACAGCAGUGUAUUUGAAGCAAGAGCUGAAGUUGGUCUUCUAACUAGAAAUAUUGUUGUAAGAGGUUCCACUAAUAUGGAAUGGAGUGAGACAAUCCCAGCCUGCCCAGAUGGAUUUGAUCCUGGUAAUUUUACACUGUAUGAAAUGUCCAUUGUUCAUGGCCAUCCGAUUGUGAACCUGACAGUUAAUUUGUACCUAUAUUUUAUUCAGCCACAAUGUUCUUUAUGACUAUCCUUGUCAAUGCAGCCUAACAGCUUUCUAAGCAUCACGGGAAACACAGUGCACAACCAUGAAGAUAUUAAGUAUUAUUGUUUUUUUUUGUUUAACCAGAAUAUUCUACUAUAGUUUUCUUUGUUUACUGGAAAGUCAAAGGCUAAAAUGUUUACUUUUUUAUAUUAUAACAUUUUCCAUUGUUACAUCUUGUAUAGGUGAAUUUGCAACACAAACGUGUUUCCAGGGGAGGUUUGGAGAAGAAAGCAAUAGUGACCAAUUUGGUGGAUGCAUUAUGUUCCAUGCUCCUACACCAGAUAA